GUUCUUCUUUUUUAUCAAGAGUCCUCACGUCAAACCUAACCAUACAUACAUCUCUUAAAAGUCAGUCCUCCAUCAUCAAUAAUACUCAAAACACAGAAACAAAAGUACUUCUUCUUCUUCUUCGUGGAGAUGGAAACUGCAGGGAUGAGCACGAGUGUGAUCAGUACAUGUAAUAAUAAUAACAUGAGCAGCAAAGAAAUAGAUGAAGAAGAUGAUGUGCCACUUCCAGGGUUUAGAUUUCAUCCCACAGAUGAAGAGCUGGUAGGGUUCUAUCUGAAGAGGAAAGUUGAGAAGAGACCAAUUAGUAUUGAACUUAUCAAGCAGAUCGAUAUCUACAAGUUUGAUCCUUGGGAUCUUCCCAAAGCUAGUAACGUGGGAGACAAAGAAUGGUACUUCUUCUGCAAGAGAGGACGAAAAUACCGGAACAGCAUCCGACCGAACCGGGUGACCGGAUCCGGUUUCUGGAAAGCCACCGGCAUUGACCGGCCCAUAUACUCCGCCUCCGCCGCCGGAGGAGGAGAAGGAAGCCGUGACAGCGUCAUUGGUCUGAAGAAAUCGCUGGUGUACUACCGUGGAAGCGCAGGAAAAGGCACCAAAACCGAUUGGAUGAUGCAUGAAUUCCGUCUUCCAUCUGAGCAUGAUAAAACCCACAACACUACUACUAAGCAGAAUCUUGAUGCUAAAGACAUUGCUCAGGAAGCUGAGGUAUGGACGUUGUGCAGAAUAUUCAAGCGAAAUGUUUCGUACAGAAAAUGCAUACCUGAAUGGAAAGAAUUAUCAUCAUCCAAGCUCCAGAAAACGAAUCAUCAUCUUGAUAAUGCACUUAGCACAUCAAGAACAUGCAGCAAUAAUAACAUGGAUUUGGAUCCUCGCCGUCAGAGCAACUACAUCAGCUUCAGCAACAAUACAACUCAUAAUCCUAAUAAUUUUAUGAGUAACAUAGACAAGAAACCCUACCACAACAAUAUUAACCUUCAUGGCCAGGUUGAUAUUAAUCUAUCAAAUUAUCAGCAUCAACAACAACAACAACAACAACAACAACAGCAGCAGCAGCAGAAUAAACUGUUCUUUAGCCAGUUAUGCUCGUCGCCGACGUCGGUUUCUUCAUCAGUGAUCACUACUCCAGUAGUACCAACAUUAUUGAGCAAUAAUAAUAACAAUAAUGUUGUUGCAUCAAAUUAUUAUCAUAACCAUUAUCACCAUGGAAGGAAUCCCAGCUUGGGGAGUAUGGAUUUCAAUGAGUUGUUGAAGCAAGGUGAUUGGGAAGAGCUGAGGUCCUUGUUUGAGUGUGGUGCUGCCGCUUCUGCUUCAGCUUCUGCUUCUGCUCCUGCUCCUGCUGCUCCUAUGUUCUUUUGAUAAUAUCCCUACAAAUUUUUACCAAAGGGGUGAUGUUAUUGGCCUGGUAAAACAUUAGCUUUCCCAUUUCUAAUUUUUUGUCAUUUCAGAAAAGAUUAUAUUCAAGAACUAGAGGAAUAUAUAUUCAUGCUGAUAAAUGUGAGGAUAAUUAAUAUUGUUGAAGCGACAAAAUUUUGGUUAGGGGAUGCUAAUAUUUUGCUCUGGAAAUAACAUCAUUCCGGUUAAUUUGUAAACACUCGCCUAGCUGCCAUGACUGUAUGUAUGUAUGUAUGUAUGUAUGUUGCCUUGUAACAUAGAACUUGAGGAAAUAUUGUGUACGUUUAAUAAUCACUUUAUAAAGUAGAUGAAAUUGAACUGAUCGCCGAUGAUCCUGUAAAUAAAUGCUUUAUCUCAAUUUGCUCGUUCUAUUUUAUCUGUUGGUACUUGGUACUUUACAUUGUUCUCAUUCCGUC